AUGUCUAUUGUUCCAUAUGGAGAAAAACCUAAGUCAUUCACUUUGUCAGAUGGUGGGACGUAUUUUAUUGGCUCUGAAGUUGGAGCUUACCUAAGGUUACAUCGAGGAACGUUAUAUAAAAAAUUUCCUGGAUUAUGGAAACAAAUGGCUACAUCUGAACAAAGGAAAGAAAUUCAAGAACUUCAACUUUCUCCUUCAUAUUUAUGUUCAAAUAUUAUGUUAGUAAAAGCAGAUGAAGUUGAAGAUUUAUUAAACGGGCAGGAAGAAAAAUAUAGAACAGCUUCUCAAAGGGAUACACCUUCAAAAAUUGAUGUAUCUAUAAUUUCUAAAUCAGUUGUUCGUAAUCCAAAUACUCCAUGGCAUUCUUCUCAGGUAAGUACAGGACAACAACAUUUAGAAGCUCUACCAUGCGCUCAUCCACCAGCAUUAGCUAAAGGGCAUAUGAAAGUUCGGGAAUAUUUAUAUUCUUUUGACGACAGUGAACAUUAUCGAAGAGUUCUUGAGAAUGCUGAAAAAAAUGUUGACUUAGUUCCAAUUCGUUUAGAUAUGGAAAUUGAAAAUAUAAAACUUCGUGAUGCAUUUGUAUACAAUAAAAAUGAAAAAUUAAUAACUCCAGAAAUGAUUGCUGAAGUAUUAUGUGAAGAUUUGGAUUUACCAGCAAGUACAUUUUUAACUCCUAUUGCUCAAAAUAUUCAUAGUCAAUUGGAAAAUCAUGUUAAUGUUGCAUCUGAUGUUGUUGGAGAUGAUCAAAGAGCUAUUCUUAAAUUAAACAUUCAUGUUGGUAAUCAAUCAUUGGUGGAUCAAUUUGAAUGGGAUAUGUCUGAUCCUAAUAAUAGUCCUGAAUGGUUUGCAGAGAAAUUAUGUGCUGACUUAGGUUUAGGUGGUGAAUUUGUUUCAGCAAUUGCAUAUUCAAUUAGAGGACAAUUAGCAUAUCAUCUAAAGACAUAUGCUUUUAGUGAAUCUCCAAUGCCAAAAGUUGAAUGUCCUUACAGGACAACGAAUGCUGAUGAAUGGGGUCCAUUCUUAGAAACACUUACAGAAGCUGAAAUUGAAAAGAAAAUGAGAGAUCAAGACAGAAAUACAAGAAGGAUGCGACGAUUAAACAAUACACAUUAUUAA